UUAUCAGGACGAUCCCAUUACGAUGUCUCCCCAAACAAUUGGAAUGAUUAUUGGGAUGGUUGUUCUAGCAUUCAUCCUACAAAUUACAGCAUGCAAAGCCUAUUUUUAUUGGAAAAAUAGAAAUCGUCGAACACAAGAGGAAGAGAAUCAGAUCAAUACUUAUGCUGUGAACCGCCCGUUACCAGAUCCGCCUUCAGCUCUAUUGUACGAAGAAGUGAAGAAUCCACUGCUUAGAACUGAAGCUGGACCAACACCGCAAAUCACGAUACCAAUGUAUAACGCGCGAUAUAUUGAGCACACCAAUGCUAACACGUCACGUCCAAGGAAUAACCAGGCAUCGUCACAACCUGCCAUGGCAUCAUCGAGUCAGGGUGAUUAUGAGUUCUCGUUUGUAAACGCGCCCGAAUCCGAAUACAUUCCUAUGAAAAGUGUACAAUUUCGUUCUGCUUUCUAGAAUAACCCGAUUGGAUGAUUUGAAUCGGAAUUGUGUUGUAUAGAUUAUAUUUGUCCUUUCUAUU